UUUGUUGUGUGUUGUAUCUGUGGAUCCCAAUGUUGGGAUGUUUCUGUAGCUCAGACUAUGAAGAAUGCUAUUUUAUUUAUUUCAUAGUUUGUUUUCUAUGCUAUGUACAUGAAAAAUAAUCAUUCAUUGUAUAUAUAUAUAUAUAUAUAUCUAUAUAUAUUAUAUUGGUAUAUCUCAAUCAUGUUUCUGUAACCCCAUUUGUGGACGUGAAGUCUCCCCUGGCAGACCAGUGUAGGUCACAGGCUGUGGAUGCCCGAACUGUCCUCUGUACCUUUAAGGGAACCACGUAACUUCUUCAUCCAGCCGAUUCUACGUGGUGCAGAGUACCAUCAAUUGACUUGCACCUUUAUUUCCAGAGAGGUUCAGAUGAGUAGGGGUUGGGGCGGGAGCUCUCUUUGUCGCCUCUGCAGCAUUUAAUUGGUAGUAAAAGAAAAGCUGUGUUUACAACUUGACUUGUUAGCUCAGGUGGAAUGAUGUUUGGUUCUCUGCCAUCAUUUUAAUGUGUGUUUAGAGAUGUGUUUUUUUGCUGUUUGGGUGUUUUUGGGAAUCCUUCUCUGUACACCAUCCCAGUGCUUGGAGUGUCCUUUUGGCUGUGAGUGUUUUGCUGUCACUCGCACAGUGAAAUGUGUUUCCAAGGAGAUUCUCACAGUGCCACAAAGUAUUCCGGGAUAUGCGAAGGCGGUCAUCAUCACAGGAAACAAUAUACACCAGAUUGGACCGGAUUCCUUUACGAAGAUGGAGAAUGUCACCAACAUCAUUUUAAGUAAUAAUAGUGUUCGUCAUCUUCACAGGAUCACAGACAUGGCGUCCCACAGCUUCUCUCCCCUCAUCCACCUGCGCUUCCUGGACCUCAGUGAGAACCGACUGGCCCUCAUUCACCCCGAAGCUCUCAGCAUACCCGGCAGUCCCCUCCAGGAGCUAAACUUAAGCCGCUCGCUGCACGACCUCCCCGCCCUGACGGACCUCACCACGGCUCUGCGCUGGGGGGGUCUCAGAGGACUCCUCCGACUCGACCUUUCUGGGAACCACCUCGCCCGGCUGCCCCUUGGGUUUUUCUCCCACCUUCCCGACCUGCGGCAGCUCUUCCUCACCAACAACUCUCUGGAAGCCGUCCACAGUGGAACCUUCUCUGGCAUGAACCGUCUGGAGCUGCUGGACCUUACCCACAACGCCUUCGUCACAUUCGGGGCUGACGCUCUACUAGAGCUGGAGAAGCUUGGGAACAUCAGAAUCCUCCUUGGGUGCAACCCCUACAACUGCUCCUGCGACAUCGGCCGUUUCGCGGCCUGGCUGAACGAAUCGAGAGCUCAGGUGGAUUUGGAUGCGGUGAGGUGCGCCUCGCCAAGAGGACUAAGUGGCGCCCGCCUGCCAGGGCUCAGCGUCCACGCCAUUGGAUGUGUUGAUCCAGUCCAAACGGAAGUGGCUGACCUCCCCCUGCAGACAUCUUAUGUCUUCCUCGGGCUGGUGCUUGGUCUUGUUGGUAUGGUGUUUCUCUUUGUGCUCUACCUCAAUCGCAAGGGUAUGAAGAAGUGGAUCAUUGAAAUGAGAGACGCGUGUCGGGAUGUUCUGGAGGGUUAUCACUACCGUUACGAGAUGGACUCGGACCCUCGGCUGGGGCACAUCCCCGCAGAUAACGGUGGCAGCAGGCGGGAUUUAGGAUCAGCUCUGCCUCAACGACUGACAAGUGACACUUGUAUUGUGAAGCCUCCUGCAGACACACAGGUUAAAGAGCUGGCAAACUCUCCACCUGUGAACCGAUGAUCUUUUCACAAAGGUAGAAACAUUUGAGGAAGACGUAGAUGUGAACGGUUACUUAGCUGGUAGAUUUACAAUAUUUUUGAGCUUCCUGUUCAUACUGUGGUUAUUACUUAUACAUCCUACCAUACCUGUGUUUUCCAGGCACUUUUAUCUGUGAAUUGACAUUAUUAGUGUAUGUUUAUCAGACAUUAACUGAAAAUAUAAUAAAUAGGCUAUACAAACAUUCUAUAAGGCCUCAGUUUUUGUCAUCUGGUUUGUUAGCUGUUUCGUAUUGUAACUUAAAAUAUCCCAACAUCCUGCAAAAGACUGCCAGAAACAUAAAAGAAACAGUAGCUUAAUGUCAUGACAAAUGUAUUUAGACCCAAGAAACUUUAACCUAUAGAAACUAUUUCAGUCCGUUCUAUUUAAUACAAUUAACCCUUAUUGUGACAGUAGCAUAGCACCAUUCAAAUGAAGACAUUCAAUCAACUGUGUGAUAUGCAACGUGUAUUUACAUGAAUUAUAGUGAAAAUAAACUGUUGAUACAUUUAGUUUUA